AUGGAAUUUGCUUUCAACAUAUCUGUGAACCGUUCUACUGGUAAAUCACCAUUUGCUAUUGUUUAUUCAAAGGUACCAAACCAUAUACUGGAUUUAGUAGUUUUGCCUAAACCUCCAAAGUCUAAUGCAAAAGUUGAUCAAUUAGUUGACAAAGCUUCUCAACUUCAUCAAGAGGUGAAAACUAAGAUGGAAGACUCAAAUGCUAAGUACAAAAAAGUUGUUGAUCAACACAGGUGGAUUAAAAAAUUUAAAAAAGGAGAACCGGUAAUGAUACAUCUUAGAAAAGAACAUUUUCCAGUUGGUACGUACAACAAAACAAAAAUGAAGAAGUAUUUCAAGAUUUUGAAAAAAAUAAGUGAUAAUGUUUAUGUUGUGGAUCUUCCUUCUAGUUGGAACAUAUCUAACAAAUUCAAUGUGCAGGAAGUUUUUACUUUCAAUGGAGAGAAUGAUUUACACUGA